GGAGGUGUGUGACGUCAUUUAUGGACGGGCCCCCUUAUUUUAGAAACGGAAUCAACUCUCUAGAUUUGAAGUUUUCGUGACUGCAGGGAUCCAUACACUUUAGUUCUUACGGUAAAGUCACGUGGGUACAAAAUAAACCCUCAGAGCGGGGGCACACAAAGCCCAUACGGAAUCGCAGAACGCAUUCGGCGUGCCAUCGAUUCCUACCGCCCUCGCUCGUUACCGUAGUGACAGCUAAACAAAGCUGCCUGCACAAACGCUGCGUGCGGCCGUGUGUGCGGAUGUGGUGGGUGUCACUGGUAGUGGCCUCGAGGCAAUAACCACUUGAGCUAAUUCACUCAGCGAAAAUCCGUCCACGUCUGGGUGGUUUAAUUAGCCGGGCCAAGGAAGACCAAUUUAUUCAAAACUAUUCCGAAAGCCGUCUACAUCCGAACGAGAAUAGGGGCGGGGCCAGCGGGUGUGGAGGGGCGGGGCAUCUUUGGAGAGUCGGGGCUAGACCGAGCUCGGGGAGGGGGGCGGGACCUACAGCGAAGCGUUGAUGUCAUUGGCGGUGACCUCGGCGGGGGCGGAGCCGGCGAGUGUCCGCACGGGCCAAUGGGAGCACGAGCCGCUGUCCAAGCUGCCGUUCAAGGUCCUGCGGGGUCAUGCGGGGGGCAUCAACUGCUGCCACUUCGGCUUCGGAGACUCGCGCGCAGUCACCUGCUCGGAAGAUCGCACGGCGAAGAUCUGGGACACUGAGACUGGGAGAAUCCUCAAGAGCUUUGAUGACGCCCACCAGAAUAACAUUCCCGAGUGCUCUGUCAACUCUACAGGGGGCAGGCUUUUGACAGUGUCAUGGGAUAAGGCCAUGAAACUCUGGGAUUUGGAAACGGGGAAGCUUCUGAUGUGCGAGACUCACGCGUGGCCGCUGACGUGCUGCGAUGCGUCUCGCGACGGGCGUCUGCUGGCCACGGGCACAGCCAUGGACCGUUCCCUCCGCCUGUGGGACGUGAACAGCGGCUCGCUCGUGGUGCAGCGCAACGAUCACCACGAGGGAGCGCUCACAGGAUGCAGGUUUGAUUGCGGUGCUCAGCGAGUCGUGACCUCGUCGUGCGACCGAAGCUUCAAGGUGUGGGACCUUGCGACACGCGUGGCUACGCUCAGCGUGGCUGGGUCGCACGCGAACGUGCUCUCCGACUGCCGCUUCGGCGCCGGCGGGCGCCUCGUGGCCACGGCGUCGUGGGACCGCACUCUCCGCCUCUGGGACGUGCGGACCGGAGCCUUCCGCGAGGACGGCCCCCUGGAACUGCGCGGGGGCCACGGCGGCUCCGUCAGCUCCUGCGCCUUCUCGUCCGAUGGCUCCCUGCUCGUGUCUGGGGGUCUUGACCAACGCGCCGUCGUGUGGGACACCGCCACGGGCAGCAGGGGCGUCGUGCUGAAGGGUCACGUGGACUGGGUGAUGGACGUGGACGUGAGCGUGGACAAGCGCUGGGUUCUAACGGCCUCGAAGGACCGCACGAUGAGACUGUGGAACAUUGAAAGCAUGGACCGCAUCCCGGCCGCGAUGGGACACGAGAGCGAGAACGCGCCAAGGGUCUUGCAGUGCGAGUCGUGCAGGAAGCCGCUCCCCGCAACGCGACGCGGUGCGGCGUCUGCGGCCGUGUCCAGGUGCAGCCCGUGCCGCUCGACGACCCCUGGCGAAGUCGCCUCGGUCCUGCGGCGUCACGAAGCCGAGCCCCAUCGUCCGUGACGCAGCGGCUGAGUCGAAUGCGUCAUCAGCUCGGGAGGGGGGCGGGGGGUGGCUGUGCAGUGCAACAGUCGAGUCAGGUGGGGGGCCCCCCCAAUAUUGUGAUUUGUCUCUUCGCACGGCUGCACCCGUGAGGCUGAUUAUUAUAUACCGCGGGCUCCUCUUGCACUGAUCUACAUGGUCGUUACGCACGCGGUCUCGAACUAUUUGACUCCGUGGCUGGGGGGCGCAGCCGCGAACAGUUCCGUAGUGGUGGUGGUUACAUCUUUGCAAUGUUACGUUACCGCUCGAAUUAGAUUCGAAUCAAACGUGGAGCGUGGAAUGAACGCAUUUUUACGUGAAAUAAAUUCAAACCGCGUUUGAA